AAACUUUUCAGAGCGUGGUUUACGACAGUGUGGCACUUUACGGCUUCUCAUGAUAAUUGAAGUGAGGUAAACAAGCAAACUCGGCGUGACUUUCGACUCGGAAAAGUAGGAAUAUUAUUAAGCGAGUGACAAUGCUUCUCCAAAAUCGAGCUGUGUUUGCACUUGGUCUGCGCAUGUGCUCCACUCAUGUGAUGAAAGGACCUUUGAUGGAUAAAGCAAAUUCCAACUCAGAACUGUCUGAUUUCCGCAAGGUCUUUUCCAAAGCCAAGCACAUAGCAAUCAUCACAGGAGCAGGUGUGAGUGCAGAGAGUGGAGUACUAACCUUCAGGGGAAAAAAUGAGAAGUGGAGGAAGUGGCAAUCUCAGGACCUGUCGACCCCAGAAGCCUUCUCUCGCACCCCGUCUCGGGUCUGGGAGUUCUACCAUUACAGAAGGGAGCUGGCUUUCAACAAGACACCCACUGCUGCCCAUCUGGCUAUAGCAGAGUGUGAGGCCCGGCUGAGGAAGCAGGGGCGCUCUGUAGUUGUCAUCACCCAGUGCACAGACGACCUCCACCAACAGGCCGGGUCCAAACAUGUGCUCAAAGUUCAUGGCAGUCUGAUGGAAACGCGCUGUGUGAGUUGUGGAUCUGUCACCGUGAACAAGCGAAGCCCCAUAUGUGAUGCACUUAAGGACAAAGGUGCACCUGACCCAGAUGUUGCUGAUGCCCAGAUUCCUGUGGAUAAACUGCCAAGGUGUGGCGAAAGUGACUGCAACGGUCUGCUGAGGCCCAAUGUGGUGUUUUUUGGAGAAACUCUUGACUCUCAUAUCCUGACCAAGGUGGAAAAAGAGAUGGAAACCUGUGAUCUCUGUCUGGUGGUGGGCACGUCUUCAAUCGUUUACCCAGCAGCCAUGUUUGGCCCCCAGAUUGCAUCCAGGGGUGUCCCAGUGGCAGAGUUUAACACACAAACAACACCAAAAACGGAGUACUUCACGUAUCACUUCCAGGGUCCAUGUGGAACUACACUGCCUCCAGCUUUAGCACAACAUGAGUCAGAGGUUAUUUAAGAGCCACAGGAAUGACUUAACAAAGCAAUCACUGCCUUCUUCCUACUAAUGCAAUCCAAGCCUGGGGGGUUCAUAGCACAUUUUAUUCCAAAGGUAGAGGAAGAGUAAAGCUCAGAAUUAAGCUUUUUAAGAGAGGGACCUUGUAAUAUACUUGAAUAUCGUGCAUAGUCCGCUAAACUGGAAAUGGGUUAUUGUAACUUUUGCAUAUGUGCUUCUUUAAAAUAUGCUAGAACUUGGUAUACGAAAGGGAAUGCACUAUGUAUGUAGUUAUUUGCAUAGGAUAAUAUCUGCUCCGAUAUCAGAGGGUAUUUCUAUUCUUCACAUAGCUUAUGUAUUAGAUGCUGGUGAGGGAUUGUCAUAUUUUGCUGUAGAUUACAACACAACACUCCUGAUGCCUCUUUGCACCAAAUAAACAGAUGCAGACAGAGCGUAACAUAAUCUUGUGCCUUUCAAAACUGUUUGCACAACCUUGACCAAACGCUUGCUUUAAACCUCAAUUGCAAAUCAAUCAAUGUUACAGAGUUUUAGUCAAGUGUACAGAGUUCGCUUUU